AUAAUAUCCCCCCUCUGCCCUCAUCCAUGCACAUUGACUCGGGUUGGUUGCGAAAGCUACACUACUAGUAAUCAGUCUAUCUCAUCCUUAUCCCUCUUAAUGGCGAGACAUUCGUUGCAGAGGUUCGCCUCGCCUUCGAGGGCGUUCUCAGGCCUCGUCCACCUAAUUGGACUGGGCUCCUUCUCUGCGUCGUUUGUAUAUCUAUUUACGUUCCCAAGCCCCAUAUCUGCGUCUUUUGGCGGACAGUUCCAGUACCUGACCAUCAUCGGACUGGCGCUGGCAACCAUAACCUUCAUCUUAGGUCUAUUGGCCGACAUAACCCUCAGCCCACAGCUAUUUGCAGCCAAGAAUGUUCUCUCGGUCUGCUCAGCGCCGCUGCAGGUCUUGGUUACCACCCUUUAUGGGGGGCUCUGCGCCAUAGACAAGGGUCUGGUGGUGCCCCCCGAACUUGAACUGCCCUUGCUCCCAGACUUUGGCUUCCACGUCAUGCCCGCGAUCAUGUUGUCUCUGGACUUGAUCCUACUUAGCCCUCCGUGGACCAUCAAGUCUUACAACGCAAUGACCCUGAGUCUGGCGUUGGCAUUUCUCUACUGGGGUUGGAUAGAGUACUGCUUUAGCAGGAACGGAUGGUAUCCAUAUCCAAUAUUUGAGCUGCUAAGCACCUCCCAGCGGGCCCUUCUGUUCGCCGUGUCCGCUGCGUUGAUGACUGGGAGCACCAUGGCAUUGAAGUGGGGGUACGGGAAGCUCAAUGGCAUCGAGAAGUUCAAGAGUGACGCAAUCAACCCUACGAAGAUUGACUAGCAUAGCACCGUCACCCUCCUGCAAGCGAUCUUCCCGAGAACCCGUGGGCACACGCAAAACAUCUUCGGAGAGUCGGCGGGGGCCAGUCAUCAAUUCGGCUUCCGUGUUCGGAGCAUGCAUGAGGAGCGAAGACCUCCGGGAUUGGGCUGUUUCAAAGCGAUGUCUUGUUGUGAGAAGGGUGUGACAUUGCAUCGGCUACAACACAGGUGUGACCACCUAUGUAUUUAUAGAUAUUAAUAACCUACCUAAGCUCCCCCACAUUCUCACAUUCUCACAUCUAUUACAAC